AUGCUUCAAUUUACUGUUAGUUUGCACCAAAUAUUUUCUACGUUGUUUGUGGUCUGCAGCGCUGUGGUGAUGGCAGAUGAUGAAUGCCCGUCUGUGUGCGACUGUGCUGCCUCAUCCCCAAUCUGCCCAGCGGGUGUCAGCUGGGUGACAGACCACUGUGGCUGUUGUAAAAUGUGUGCUAGGCAAUUCAAUGAAGACUGCAGCACUACUCAGCCCUGUGAUCACAUCAAGGGGCUACGCUGUCAUCUAGGAGUUGGAGGAGACCCUGAAAGAGGAUUGUGCCGAGCUGAGGUUCAUGGGCUACCCUGCGAGUUCAACGGACAGUUGUACCAGCACAGUGAAAACUUCCAGCCCAGCUGCAUGCACCAGUGCACCUGUAUUGAUGGAGUUGUGGGCUGCAUGCCCCUCUGUCCUCAACAAGUAUCGCUGCCCAACUCGCGCUGCUCACAGCCACGGUUGGCACAGACAGAAAACGGCUGUUGCGAGGAGUGGUUAUGUGACGACGACAACCACAUCAGAGUGGAGCCAGAAGAACUGACACGCACAACUCUGUCAGAGAGUCAGCCUCUUCCAAACCACAUCAGUGCUUUGCUGCCAUCCUACCAACAGUCUCGCCCGCCAGCUGCCACUGGUGGGACCACAUUAAGAGAAAAAACAGCACUACCAAUGCCUGAAUUGAUAUUGGAAUCCAGGUGUUUUUCACAAACCACUGAAUGGACAGAAUGCUCCACUUCAUGCGGGAUGGGAAUAUCAAGUCGAGUCACCAAUAACAACCCUGACUGUCAGCUGAUUAAAGAAACCAGGCUUUGCCAAAUACGCCAGUGUAACUUUGCGCUUUCUCCGGCCAUGAAGGGGAAGAAGUGCCAGAGAACUGUUCGCCCGCAAGAACCAAUUCAAAUUGCUUUUGCUGGCUGCUUCACAGUACAGCGCUAUCGCCCUCGCACCUGUGGAUCUUGCAUGGAUGGCCGCUGCUGUAGGCCCUCUGUCACCCGCACUGUGCAGCUGCGUUUCCGUUGCCCAGACGGUGAGAGCUUCUUCCGAAAUAUGAUGUGGGUCCAACGCUGCAGCUGCAGUAAAAGCUGCCCAUCACAUGGAAGUCCCUCAAGCCCUUCGAUCAGUCUUCACAAUGACAUUCACACCUUCAGGCGCUGA